AUGGACACAAUUCAAGAUCAAAAGGACGGGUUCAAAGCCUUCCCCGGCUCAUCCGCCUUCUCCGAAUUCCGUCUGAAAAGACUCGAAAAAGCGAUCGGAGCCAAAGAUCUGCAAGCCAUAUGGGUUCACUACGUGGCUUCAAACAGGGAGUUGCGACCCGAAGAAGUCGAAGUGCUUGAUCAGCUGCUAGAAUAUGGAAGUUAUCCUGAGUCGACCAGCGAGCUUUACGGCGUUCUACUCAAAGCUGUCAUCAAUGGCGUGCCACCGGAAAAUCCCAACAUCAAGCUCUACUACGCGUAUCCACGAUCCGGGACGAUUUCGCCAUGGAGCUCGAAAGCAAAGAGUAUUGCUCAGGUUUGUGGACUGAGUAAUGUCGUGAGGCGCGUAGAGAGAGGGGUACUUUUCGUGGCCAAGUUCGAUGAGCCUCCGGCAGAGGGAGAGAUUCCAAGCCCGGAUUCACUGCACGAUCGGAUGACCGAGAGCCUUGCCACUUCACCGCCGAGCAUGGAGACUAUGUUUGCACAGCUGCCACCUGCGCCUUUGCAGCGAGUCCAGUUGUUGCAGAAUCCUGCUGGACCCCGAGCAGCUCUCGAAGAAGCGAAUCGGACGUUGGGGCUUGCGCUUGAUGCUUCUGAGAUGGAUUAUCUGAUCGAUGCGUACACCAACCAGCUACAACGUAACCCUACCGAUGUGGAGUUGUUCAUGUUUGCGCAAGUCAACUCUGAGCACUGUAGACACAAGCAGUUCAAUGCAGACUGGACGAUUGAUGGAGUCGAAAAAGGCAGGAGCCUCUUCUCUAUGAUCCGAAACACGCACAAGGCACACCCAAAGCAUGUGAUUUCAGCGUACAGCGACAAUGCGGCUGUCUUGCAGGGUUACACCGGUGGUCAGUGGGCGCCAGAUCAAUUGACAGGCGAGUGGAAGCAGAUCAAGGAAACCGUGCACUAUCUCGCGAAGGUCGAGACCCACAACCACCCUACCGCUGUCUCACCUUACCCAGGCGCUGCGACGGGAUCUGGAGGAGAGAUUCGAGAUGAAGGAGCAGUCGGCAGAGGAUCGAAGCCCAAAGCAGGUCUAUCCGGAUUCACCGUUUCAGACUUGCUCAUUCCAGAUCUUCAUCAACCGUGGGAAGUCGACGUUGGCAAACCACACCAUUUGGCGAGCAGCCUCGACAUCAUGCUGGAGGCGCCCAUCGGGAGUGCUGCAUUCAACAACGAAUUCGGAAGACCUUGCACUACUGGCUACUUUAGAACAUUGACGAUGAAUGUUCCGGUCGAUGAGGGCAAGACUGAAGUCAGGGGUUACCACAAGCCGAUUAUGAUAGCGGGUGGAGUCGGCACUGUGAGACCAGAGAACGCAUUGAAGUCGAAGGGUCUCGUCAGCCCUGGAGCGCAUCUCAUCGUGCUUGGAGGACCGGCCAUACUGAUUGGACUUGGUGGCGGUGCCGCGUCCAGCAUUCAGUCAGGAGAGGGUAGUGUUGACUUGGACUUUGCGAGUGUACAGCGUGGGAAUGCCGAAGUACAGCGAAGAGCACAAGAAGUCAUCAACACUUGCACCUCGCUUGGCCCUCAGAAUCCGAUCCAGCUCAUUCACGAUGUUGGUGCUGGAGGACUCUCGAAUGCCUUGCCAGAACUCGUUGAAGAUGCCGGUUUCGGGGCCAAGUUCGAAUUGAGAGAAAUCGACAACGCUGACCCAAGCCUCAGUCCGCUACAAAUCUGGUGCUGCGAAGCACAGGAGCGAUAUGUCAUGGCAAUCGCACCUGACAAGCUGGAUGCAUUCAUCAAGAUCGCAAAGCGAGAGCGAUGCGGUUACUCGGUGGUUGGGAAAGCGCAGCAGGACAAGCGCUUGGUUCUUAUGGACAAAGAAUCGCAACAAGAUCCAACGCCCAUCGACUUACCUAUGCCAAUCCUGUUUGGAAAGCCACCCAAGAUGCACCGUGUUGUCGACUCAAGGAAGCUCAGAAUACCUUCGUUCGACAGCAGUCUUGCGACUUACCUGCCAAAAGAGCCGGCCACCGCCACAGCUAUGCUUACACACGCUGCAGACCGAGUGUUGGCUCUACCGUCGGUAGGGUCGAAAUCCUUUCUUAUCACCAUCGGAGACAGGACUGUUGGUGGACUCACAGUCAGAGACCAAAUGGUUGGACCUUGGCAGACUCCUGUUGCGGAUGUAUCUGUAACAGCGACAUCUCUCACCCAAGGCAUCAAGACCGGCGAAGCCAUGGCUAUGGGCGAGAGACCCGCACUGGCUCUGAUCUCACCAGCAGCCUCUGCACGUAUGGCCGUGGCGGAGUCGCUCACGAACAUUGCUGCUGCUAGCGUCGAGAACAGAUUGAGCAAGAUCAGACUGUCGGCGAACUGGAUGGCAGCCAGCAGUCAUCCAGGCGAAGGCGCCAAUCUAUACGAAGCCGUAGAAGCCAUCGGUAUGGAGCUCUGUCCCGACCUCGGGAUCAGCAUACCUGUGGGCAAAGACUCUAUGUCCAUGAAAACAAAAUGGGAUGGCAAGGAAGUAACCGCACCGCUUUCGCUCGUCAUCACUGCUUUCGCACCCGUCAAUGAUUUGAGCAGUACCUGGACUCCAGCUUUGAGACGGCACGAGGAAGUUGGCGAUACACUUCUCAUGUUCAUUGACUUGGCUGGAGGCAAGAAGGCACUCGGCGGCUCGGCUUUGGCGCAGUGCUUUGGUCAAGUGGGCAACUCAGCACCCGAUGUUCACGAUGUGGACUUCAUCAAGGACUUUUAUCACGCCGUCGAGCAGCUGCACGAGUCUGACAUCGUUCUGGCGUAUCAUGAUCGCUCCGACGGCGGCUUGUUCACCACCCUGGUGGAGAUGAUGUUCGCUGGACGUUGCGGUGUCGAUUUGAUGCUUGACCGUAUCGUUAAGUCUGGCCGACCUCAGGAUGUCUUGGAAACAAUGUUCAACGAAGAACUCGGCGCGGUCUUCCAAAUUCGCAAGAAGCAUGAGAGCGAGUUCAGAGGUGUCUUCGCACCAAUGUCGCCGCUCGUGAUAGGCACUGUGCCCAAGUCGUCGAAGCAGGAACUUGCUGUGUACUACGGCGCUGACUGCAUCUACCGUGCUCCCCGAAAAGAUCUGCAGAAGAAGUGGUCGCACACCUCAUGGGCGAUGCAGAAGCUGAGAGAUAAUCCCGAGUGUGCAGACACUGAACGAGCAAACAUCGACGACGAUAAGGACCCUGGUCUGCAAUACAAGCUCUCAUUCAAGCCAGAGGAGAAUAUCGGUACCUGGAGUGCGACACUCACCUCAGCCGUCCGCACCAAACCUCGUGUUGCCAUUCUCCGUGAGCAAGGUGUCAAUGGCCAAGCAGAGAUGGCGUUCGCCUUCUCAGCAGCUGGAUUCAGCCCCAUCGACGUACACAUGACCGACAUCCUCUCCGGCCGCUUCUCCCUCGCCUCCUGCCAAGGUCUCGCCGCUUGCGGAGGGUUCAGCUACGGCGAUGUCCUCGGCGCAGGUCAAGGCUGGGCGAAGAGUGUUCUCCUUCACGAUGGCGCACGCGAAGAAUUCAAAGCCUUCUUCGAGCGCAAGGACACAUUCGCCCUGGGUGUCUGCAAUGGCUGUCAAUUCCUCUCUCGCCUGACUGAGAUCAUCCCUGGCGCGGAGUCUUGGCCAACGUUUGAGCGUAACGUCAGCGAACAGUACGAAGCUCGCGUCUGCAUGGUUCAAGUCACUAACCCGCCUUCGCAACCACCUGGCGUCUUCUUGCACGGAAUGGAAGGCAGCUACCUCCCUAUCGUCACGGCACAUGGCGAGGGCCGCGCAAACUUCACCACGACAGGCUCCUCAUCCCCACAAGGCCUCAUCGACCAGGGCCUCGUCUCGAUGCGCUACGUCGACAACUACCUCCAGCCCACGGAGAAGUACCCCUUCAACCCUAACGGCAGUCCAUUGGGCAUUACGGGUGUGAGGACGCCAGACGGGAGAGUCCUGGCUAUGAUGCCGCACCCUGAGCGUACGAUUCUGAAGGAGGUGGCGAGUUAUCUGCCCAAGGAGCAAGCGAAGGAGUGGGGUGAAUUCGGGCCUUGGGUGAGAAUGUUCAGGAGCGCGAGGAGGUGGGUGGGUUAG